AUGGACUUGAACAAAUUGAGGAAACCGGAUUUAGUGCUGUUGUGCCAGGAGCUGGGGAUUGAGGUGGCGAGUAUACAUAGAAAGCCACUUUUAAUACAGGCGGUUAAGGAUUCUGGCGCGGAUGCGGAGGAGCUCGCCGAGUGCUGGGAGCUAAUUCAGGAGAGGAUGAAAAGGGCACAAGAAGUCGAAGAGCGAGAGCGCCUUAUGUUUGAAAGAGAAACCAUAAGACGCAAAGAAGAAGCGGAAAGCCAAGAAAGGGAGCUUGAGCGCUUGCGGCUUCAGCUUAAGAUUGCAGAGGCAAAAGGCGCUAGUGAUCUGGGAACAGAAAAUGCCGAGAUUCAGGCAGGCGCACGAGUGACCAUGAGGGACCUCUUGCAGCCUUACAAAGACAGCCAGGAGGAAGGUCCCAUCCUGGAAACGGACAAUGUGAGGAGCCCAUCCCCUGAGAACGAUGAGGGCGCAUCACAAGUGUCAGAUGAAGAGGGUGGGCUGGAAAUUGUCGAGGAUGGAAACUCAAGUGAUGGUGAACAGGGUGAAGAUGAAAGUAAUGGAGCCAAAGAAAAUGAUGAUGGUGGUGAUGAAGCAGGAGAUGGCGAUGAGGCGGAGGGGGUAGAGGAAGAGGGGGAAGAAGAAAAACCAGAAGUGCAGCCUCAAGUUGAAGAGGAAGAAAGCUUACAGAUGAACCCUCAAGAGGAAGAAACAGGUUCACUGCCUGUAGAAGACACUCCAGCAUCCCCUACGGAAGAGGACUCUUCCUUCAUGCAUGAUGCGCCUGCGUCUCCCCCUGCUGAAGAAAGUCCAUCAUCUCCACUAGAAGCGACACCAUCUCCUCCUGCCCCUGUUGAUGGGCCGGCAUCGCCAACGAAAGAUGUGAUCCCUGGGGCAUCACCUAUUGAGAGUGGAGAGGACUCCUCGGCAGCUGUCUCUUCUGAAGAAGUGCCAGCAGAUGAGCAAUCAGCAGAGGUUUCGGGAGAAGGUGAAGAUGGGCAAGAAAACGACGAAAAGGGGAUCGCAGACAUCAAUGAAGGCGACGAAGAAGACACACAGGACAAUGCAUCUUCGCCAAAGGAAAUUGAAAGUCCCGAGGCUGAACCAGAAGAAGAGGAGGGGGAAGAGCUGGAAGACAGCAGUUUGGCAGCUGGUGGACCAAGUGACGACAUCGCUUCCCCUGCACCAGAGGAGUCUAAAGGUCUAAAGAGGCAGAUGAUGGGGGUGUCCUCCUGGGCAACCUCCUUGAUACUGAAGAUAUAUCUUCUUCUGAAGAAGAAGGCCUUCUUGAAGAUACCAGUAAUGGCAUGGAGGAUAUAUCGGAGCCUGGUAGCACAGAUGGCUUGGUGGACAAUCUUGAAGCUGUUGUCAGGAAGCAGGAGGAGCCUUGGCGACAAGAGUCAAAGGACAGUGAAUGCCCAGUGCAUAAGAAGCGGAAGACAAAGCACAAGAAAGAAACUUGUCAGCAUCGGAAGCACCGGCGUCAACGGUGGACGAACAGCAAUAAUGAGGACCGUGAAGAAG